GAUUACGGUCGAUGUGGCUUUUCUGGAUCCUGAACCUCAAUGUCCAUUGUCCAAACCCCAUCUCUUUCCUGAACACCUCCUCCAUGUCUGCCCUUCUCAAACCCUAACUUUCUCUCUCCUCUCUUUACUUUUCUCCGCUACCCAUCUUAUCUUCAAUCGCCUAACACAUCUCUCCCAUCUUCUCUCUCAUCUUCGCCGACCCACUUUUCCAGACGAUUUCCCUUAAAAGAUAACUAGGUUGUAUGAUGUGACACUUGGGAAAGCUUUAGCAUUGCGCCAAUGGCAGCUGAUCAGCGUAAAAGACGAUCGAGUUCUACUACUACUGCUUUCGGUUAUGGAUUUCUGGAGCAGAGUAGGGCGAAAAGGAGGGAUUUGAGAUCGCCCAAAUAUGAUUUUAGUUAUAAUACUCAUGUUUCUCUUAAAUGGGAUGAUAAUGGAAAAAGGGUUGUUGCUAAAGAGGAUCAAAUUGGGAUAUCUGGGAGACAAUUUAGUCCAUUUAUCCCUUCAGCUUCUUGUAGUAACGCUAAGUUGGCGGAUGUCGUUACCGUUCCGAGGGAUGUGUUUGAGCUGAAUGAUUUGGCUGAAGUUCUUUCUUAUGAGGUUUGGCAGUCUCUUUUAACAGAAAAAGAGAGGAAUUUACUUGUGCAGUUCCUUCCUGCGGGGGUUGAAGCCGAUGAAGUCGUGCAAGCUUUGCUUUCUGGUGACAACUUUUGUUUCGGGAACCCUUGUCUUAAAUGGGGCUCUUCACUUUGUUCUGGUGAUCUUCACCCUGAUGCUAUUCUUCACCUUGAGAAGUCCUUUAAAACUAAUAAAAAAGCAUAUUACUUGGAGCUACAACAAUACCAUGACAGCAUGAUAAGAAAUUUGCAGAACAUGAAGCAGAGAUGUGCAAGCUCAAAGGAUCCAGAAGCUGAAAUUCGACAGAUCAGGUCAAGGUCAAAAAGGCAUGAGAAGAUCAUUAUGCCUGAUGCAAAUGGACACAAAUGUCACAGACCCGACGAGAAUUUUGCUGUUAAGUCUGAAUCGAUGUCUUCAAUUGCUGAAGAAAAAUUAUAUUAUAGCGAUAAUCAGAAGCUGUCUGUUAUCAGAGAUGCUGAGAUCCAGAAGAGGAUGCGCAAUCAGGACCUAAUGAAAGACAAACAUGAGAAGUUGAUGGUUGCUCCUAAUGGCCUUAAGGUGCUAUCAAAAUGUAAGAAAGCAGAAAAACUGCAGAAGCCCAACAUGACCCCCAAUGAUGGUGCUAAAUAUAUGUCUUAUGUGAAGAUUAGUAAGAAGCAGCAUGAACUUGUUAAGAGUAUGAGGCAGUCUGGCUCAAGUAUUCAAUCUAAGGCUCUUAAUCGUUUGCUGGGAAGCCUUGAUAGCUCCAAUGUAAAACCAUAUGAGAUGUUUGUGGAAGAAGAGCAGAAGAGACUCCAUGAGCACUGGUUAAACUUGGCAAACAGAGAUCUUCCCAUUGCUUUUCAAAACUGGAAAAACAUACAGUUACAGAAGCGGCAAAUUAUGGAUUCUCUAUGUCAAGAAGUAGAAGAGAAACUGGGGGUUCAGUCGGAGGAUGAGAAUUUGGUUAACCCUUCUGAUGAGGAACGCGCAUCUUCUCAUGAUGGGGAUGGGGAUGGGGAUGGGGAUGGGGAUACUUCUCAAGGGGCAUCAGAUGACCACCAAGAUGAUGACUUGAUGACUCAGGAUUCUGUUUCAAUUAAUGAUGAGGAGGGAUCUGAUCCGUGCUCUCUAAAGGAUGAAUUUCCCUUGCAAAAUCCUCUUGAUGUCAAUGAAGAGUUUGAUCCAUCUUCUUCCAUGGAGACUGAAUUAUUGCAGAAGCAUCCUGUAAAUGUCAAGGAAGAGUUUGAUCCUUCGUCUUCUGUAGAGUCUCAAUCAUUGCAGAAUCCUCCUUUAAACGUCAAUGAACAAUUUGAUUUAUCUGCUUCCAUGGAAAAUGAGUCUUUGCAUCACCCUCUAAAUGUCAACGAGGAGCUUGAUCCAUCCUGCAUGGAGCAUCAGUCUUUGCUGAAUCCUUCUUUAAAUGUCGACGGGACUUUUGAUCCAUCCUUGGUUGAAAAUAAAUCUUCAUUAGAUCCUCCUUUAAAUGGCAAUGAGGAUAUUACUCCUAUGGAUCUAAAUGCAGGUAAUAAUCCUGUUACUUCUGACACAAGUGACACAAGUUCCAUGCCUGAGCAGCAUGUUGGACUGACAUCUGAAGCAUGUCUUAGAGUUUCACACCCUGAGACUCACAGUUCUGCAACUGCUCCCAUUGCUGAGGAAAUACCCGGCUCAUCACUGAAGAACAUGUGGUCUUCAAUUGGAUUGCCUGAAACUUAUCACACUCAUCCAAUAAUUCCGACAACUUUGCAGACUAGCUCUGCCGAAGUCUGUCUUGUACGUCCUCAAUUAGUGACGGAGCAGCCAGCCCAAUUAAUUGAUCUCGAGUCUGAUAUACCUGAAGAAGACACGACCAAAGAUCUUUUGAACAGGCAUACAAGUCAUAUGCCUUUUUUCAAUCCUUUUCCGAAUCGAGACAGAAAUGAGCUGCAUUCUCUAAUUAAGCGAGAAGGUUAUCAUCAGGAACAAAAGAAGCCUGGAUCUGAGUUCCAUCCAACUAAUGUUCUCUUGGAGCCUGCUAAUCCGUUCCCGGGCCAUUUUCGGGAGCAGUUGCAGCCACCAUUUGCAUUGGAACAUCAUAGACAGAAAGCACAGAGUGAGCUAUAUAUGCAUCCGAGCAUUCAGGAUAACAUUUACUCUGACAACAGUAGGUAUUCUGUUCAAGGACCAGAACAGUUCUCAUCCGUAAAUGUAAGAGACUGGAGUAACGCCACCCGUCUUCCAAACCCUGUUCAACCUUCACAAUUAAGUUCAGGGGAAUUGUUGAACCACAACUGGUUUGCUACUGAAAACAGAGCUCAUGGUGGCUGGUCCUCGUCAGAUGCUACAGUUUUCCAAACCCAGAGUCUUGGAAGUACUAGCACAGGUGACCAGAGCCUCUACAGUGUCCUCACACAAUGCAAUUUACGCUCACGGGGCCCAUACAGUCCUGUUGGCUCCACUGAACAAAUGAUCCCACCAACAACAAACUAUGGACAGGAGAUCCCUCCGGGAAUUCCCAUGACAAGCAAUCCUUUGCCGCAGACAGUCUCUCCAUUUGACUACUUGAGUGGUGGUGAAGCUUCCAGUACGUUGAAGAAUCCCAGCAUGGGGUGGAUGAGCUUGGGACAUCAGCCUUCGACGUUACAUGAUCCUUCUGGAAAGCCAUUCUUGAAAUCUUGGAAUCAAUAACAGACUCUAUGUUGGAACUAAUCUUUGAUGAAAGCAUGAAGGAGAUAUGCAUAUGUGGAGGUCUGGCCAAUCAUAAGGAGAGAAAUAGGAUCAUAGGCACGUUGUACAUACCUAUACAACAGCUGAGACCCACACCAUGUAUAUAGCUAGUUAGUAAUAGGCACGUCAGAGAUCUUGGAAUGCUAAGUAUCCAAGGAGAAUUUGUUGCAACAGGUGAUUUCUUGUAUUAUUAUCAUUCUGAUUUUAUUUCUGGGGAACUCAUUUUUCUUUUGAUGGUUAGAGGUUUAUUUCGGGGUUGGGUUAUUUCAAGGUAAAUUCUGCAUUCGAAGGCGGACAGCUCUUUUUAGCAUUUGUUGAUCAGUGCUCUGUAUACUAUGGCAUCCCAGUCAUAAUAAAUUUCUUACUUCCCCAGGUGAGGUUCAUGAAA